AUGCCUCAAUUGGGGGCAACACACAGAAGCCAAGCGGCAGCAGCCGCCCCUAAGCUGCUGCUGCUGCGCUUCUUAUGCCUGCUGCUGCUGCUGCUGCUCCCUGCUGCUGAUACAGCAGCAGCAACAGCAGCAAACGCCAAAUCGCAACAGAAACAGCAGCAGCAGAAACAGCAGAAACACCAGCAGAAACAACAACAGCAGCAGACACAGCAGCAGCAGCAGCAGCAGCAGCAAACAAAGACAGAAACCCCCGUCGUCAGGAGAGGGGGAAAACCCCUGCAGAUUGUUCUGCCCAAUGAAUUACACACAGGGUUUCGUGUUAAUGAGGAGGCCCUUGCGGAGCUGGAGAAGAUCCCCGCCCCUAUAGCUGUUAUUUCUGCUCUUGGUCCAAUUCAUUCGGGGAAAAGUUUCCUGUUGAACAGUUUGCUGCGUGGUGUUGGUGGUGCUACUGCAGCACAACAACCAUCAGCAGCAGCAGCAGCAGGAGCAGGAGGAGCAGGAGGAGAAGAAGGAUCAGGGUUUUCUGUUGGUUAUACAGUUGCUCCUGGGUCCUUCGGUCUAUCAAUUUAUUCUUUGCCUAUUUAUGUUGAAAGAAAAACAGGAAAACAGCUACCUGAUGCAGCAGCAGCAGCAGCAGCAGCAUCUGCUGCUGCAGCAUCUGCAGCAGCAGCAGCAGCAACAGCAGCAGCAGCAGCAGCUGCAUCAGAACCUAAAUCAGCAGCAUCCGGAUCUAAAACAGCAGCAGAAUCAUCUCCUUCCUCAUCUCCGCCAGCAGCAGCAGCAACAGCAGCAUCAACAGCAGCAGCAACAGCAGCAGCAGCAGCAGCAGCAGCAGCAGAAUCCUCUGUAGUAAAUGUACUACUAUUAGAUAGCGAAGGGUUUGGGGGCCCCAAUGUAACAAGAAGUUAUGAUCAAUUAUUAUAUAGUAUUGCUUUCUUCUUAUCUUCUCAUCUUAUAUUUACUACUAUGAAAAUGAUUGACGCACAGGAUUUACAAUUAUUGGAGGAUUUAACAAGAGAUGCAAAUCUGUUCUCUCUUAGAGCGCAUGCAAGUUCUGUACGCGAAUUACCUGAGCAGCAGCAGCAGCAGCAGCAGCAGCAGCAGCAGCCGAGGACAGAGACUUCUUCUGCUCUUCUCUCUCUCCUAAGUCCUUGCUGCCUCUCUUGGGUCGUACAAGACUUCGUACAGGAUCUAGAGGGAUUAACAGCACAAGAAUGGUUAGAUGCCUUGCUGAAUACAAACAGAUGGAUGACAUCACCACAAGCCAUCGAAGCUAAUGAGGCAAAAACACAUAGUAAACAUUCACUCAGGUCAUUAUAUAGCCAAGUAGAUUGUACGGCAUUACGAGCGCCAACAUCUAAUGGCAAUUUGCUGCAGAGAUUGGAUCUAUUAAGAGAAGAAGAAGAAGAAAAAGAAUACAAAAAAGAAUUCCUUUUAUUUAAGGAACGUCUUCUUGCUGCUGCUGCUGCACACCCGAAGCAAAAAUUAGCAGCAGGGGAGCCAUUGCUGCAGCAGCAGCAGCAGCAGCUACAGCAACAUAAACACAACCAGCAGCAGCAGCAACAGCAGCAGCAGCAGCAGCAGCAGCAGCAGAGAUAUAUGUCAGGCAAAGACCUAGCAGAACUCACGCGCUUUCUUGUUGCAGCAGCAAACGCGAAUAUGUUUGGUGACGUACAAGUCUUCAUGAAUCACUUCUCUACUAUACGAAGUGCGAUGGCAAAGAAUGACUUGGUAUUAUUAUUUGCAAGAGAUGUUGAACAUUUAAUUCGUCGGGAGUUGCCGCUGCUGCCUGAGGAAGUUGCUGCUGCUGCUGCUGUGCUGCGCCAAGAAACAUUAUCUUUAUGGCAGCAGCAGCUUGCUGCUGAGGUGUAUGUACACCAUACAGAGGUUAAUAAACAACAAGAACAAUUAUUAAAAGAAUUAGAUGAUGCUGUUGAUAAAACGGUACAAAAGGCAACAAAAUUAGUAUCAUCAUAUUGUAAAUCAAUAAGUGUAGAAGAAAUGAGUGUAUUAAUAGAGGCAAAAGAACAACAAAUAAAAAGACUUCCUCUUCCUCCUAAGGAAUUAACUGAUUAUUCUAAUUAUCAGCAGCAGCAGAGUAAGACAGCAUUGCUGCAGCGGCUGCAGCAGCAAGAUCGUGAUUAUACAACUGUUGCUGCAUGCAGCCACGAGCUGCAGCAACACUUCGAGGCUGUGCAAACCCUUUUCUUAGAUCUACACUCUGCUAAUAUUAAGAGUAUAACAGAUCGCAUGCAAAGAGCAGCAGAAAGAGCAGCAGCAAGUUUGCGGCAGCAACUGCAGCAGCAACCUGUUGAUUUGCUGCGCCCUUUGCAAGAGUUUAAGGGUUUGCUUCUUGAUUGGCAACAGGCUGCGUGGACAUUAUUUGAAUCGGAUGUUUCUUCAUUAAGAGAUGUAUCUGAUCUAUAUUCAGCUGUAUCUGCAGAUUUAGCAGCAACAUUAGCUAAAUUAGAGACACAAGCAUUAAGAACAUGGAGUAAUAAAUGCAAAGAAACAUCACAGGAGGUAUCGGAGCGUUGGGAGGUAUUAUUCCGUCAUGAGGUGUUAUCCUCUCUUGAUGGAUCAUUACCUGUAGAGGAAGAAGUUUUAUCUAUGAGUAUAGAGGAAGCAAAAAGGAAAGCAAGAGAAGAUUUCUCUAAGGUUUAUUGCUCUUCUUCUGAUCCAUGGAAAGAAGUAUCAACAAGGAUGGAGCAAAGAUUAUAUGAGAUGGGAUCGGCAUUAGAAGAAUCAAACCUUGAGGCAAUUAAGAGUAAUUGCAGCAGACCUCUAGAUCAGCUCAAGACCGAACUAGCUGAGGAGGCAGUAUCAUAUUAUAUGUGGCAAACAUUUGCAUCAAUGGCUCGUAAAAAGGCAGAAGAAUUAUUACUAUCAGAGGCAGCAGCAAUAAAGACAAAUGUUCGUCUUUCUCCUUCAUUAGUACAUCGUGUUUCUUCUCAUUGGAUGCAAACUGAGCUCAAGGCUGCAUACGAACCUAUCAUCAAGAAUAACUUCUUUGGUCUAUUAUACAAUGUUGUAGGAGCUGCAUUAGUGUUAUUAGGGUUUUAUUUAGCUCUUUCUUUUUCUUUAUUAUUCCUCUUUGUCUCUCUUGGUGGUAUUAGGGUUAUUAAGGUGCCUAUACACCCGAUUAGGGUUAGAGAUGUCCGUGACGGUAGUAGUAGUGUUUAUCUCUGGUGUUUCUCUCUUAUGUUACUCAAAGUAUUACCAUACAACAGCUAA